UGUAUCUUUUUGCUACUGUACGUACAUGUAACCAGUUUGGUUAGCUCAAGGCUAUCUUUAGAAGCUGGUGCUUCCCCAAGGUGGUUCUAGCCUGGCCUGGCCCUAUAAAGGCAGCGGUGAGUUUUAUUGAUCAAACCAAAUUAAUCGCAAGAUUAAAGAAUAACUGAGUCAAUAGAACAUUUAUUUAUCAAUUUAUCAUCAAGUUCCAAUUCCAAGGAUGGCUAUGUCAAGUCAUAAAAUUAUUGUAUUGGCAAUGCUGGUUGCAUGCCUUGAGCUAACAAGCUCUCUGAUCACUUCUCGAGCAGUUAACUCGUCAGAAGGAGGAGAAUACACACUCGAGUGUCAACUGAACGGAGCAGCUGAUGCUACCCAAGUCACUUGGACUUAUCCAGCACAAGAGGACAGAGUGACAAUCGUACCGGCUGGCUCUGUUUCUCGACUAACAGUCAGAAAUGCUAGGAUUGAAGACGCAGGAGACUACGAGUGCAGGCAUACAAGUGCUGUAAUUGUGCGAUACACUGUGUCUGUCUCAGGUAUCCCUGCAUUUGUGGCCAACCAGGUUACAGCGUUCUCUGUGUAUGAAGGAGGAGACCUCGUCUUGCCCUGUCAAGUCCGCCAUUGCUCAGGGAACUGUUUUGUUCAUUGGAAAAGAAAUACACAUUCAGUCGACUCGGUUACAAGUAUACAAGGAGUUACCACAACCGAAUCUCUUACACUAAGAAACGUACAACAAGCAGAUUCCGGCUCUUACAAAUGUUUUAUUUCAAACCCUUUUGAAGAAAUGGAAUUCACGGUAUCAGUUAUUCCAGCCAACGAACGAGUUCCAAUGCUCAAUAAAAUCAUCGACAACCAGUAUAAAGAAUUUAAUUACAACCAAGCCCUUGUAUUGACUUGCCCACUUCGCUCUGGAGAAAACAGCACUGAGAAUCCAAUUACUGUUGCAUGGGUCUUUACUAACAUACAUGACCAACCUCAGUUUGUGAAUGGGACCGUGCUGACACUGGAACCAGAGUUCUACAAUCGAGGGGAAUACAAGUGUACUGCAUCGAAUAGUUUUGGACUCGAUUCUUUGGAUAUAUUUGUUGAAAUUAAUGCUCCCCCACUCCCGGCCCUUGUCACUCUCCCUGCUAUCACCCUCACUGAAGGCAGCCCUAGUGCAACACUGGACUUCACGGCCCCCACUUCACCAGUCGCCCUCUCAUCUCUGAGGUACCAAUGGGACAGACAGAACAACGACGACGAAGAAGAAAACUGGACACCGAUACAAUACAACAGCAAGUACAGCCUCACCCCCAGUGGCCAUCUCAUGAUCAAUACCAUCAUUCUAUUGGACGCUGGCUUGUACAGAGUGACUAUUUCAAACGUAUUCGGUUCAAGUAUUCAAACUCGACAAGUCAGCAUCAGUACCAGACCCACGCCGGGUAUGCCAGUGGAGAUUGGGUUCACUUUCACUCUACCUGAAAGUUAUUCAUGCUCACACAUACAGGAAAGCAGUGAGCUGCUGACAAUGCACCUGAGUGCCUACCUGGACAGCCUGUGUGCCAACACCACCGCCCUGCUUGACUCAUGCUCUGAUCUAGCCAUCCAAGAUGUCUCUGUAGAAUGUAAGUCUUCCACUAGACAAGGAGCAUUUCGAGGUCGUCUUCGAUCUUCAUCCACCGCACGACAAAUGGCUCAAGUUUUCGAAGAAAAUGGUCCAACUAGGCUUAGCCAUGAUAUCAGUAUUAACCCGUGUGGCGAGGGACAAUGCGUACUGCCUACCGAAGCCAUUGAAUCACUCAGAGAUCUUGUUGCCGUGCUGGUCGCUGUUGUCAUGGUGCUCGUAGUUGUCGUCAUAGUAACCAUCAUCAUUGUCAUCUGCGUGCUCAAACACAAAGGAUGCACGAAAAAUUGUCGAGUUUCAAACGUUGAGAAUGGACCGGAAAUAAAUCAUGGAGUCGGGGAUUUGGAGCAAGCUUUCGGUACGAGCAGCACUCCUCCCAACCACUACACUCUCCACCCCCCUCACACCCCUCACACUCUCCACACUCCACAGUACACCCACGACACUCUCGGACAAACAGACUAACACAGUAUCUAUUAAAACUACCCUGUAACAUAUUCAAAUGGCAGCCAUAUUGUGACCUCAACCAAUCUCAGUAUAUCAUACAGUUUAAUUCUCCAACCUCUAAGGCACAUGGUAAAAUUAUUCAGAAUAUUAUUAUUAUAUAUGAAAACUUAUAGUUAUUAGUUUAUUAUUUUUUUUUAGCUUUCAAUUCAUCAACCGAUCUAUUAGAAUUUAUUUCAUCAUCAUUAUUUUGUACAAUAUUAUGCAAUCAAUGCACUUAUCCUUAUAUAUCAUAUUAGACAGCU